ACGGUCGUUCUUUGUGUUCUUUAGUAAAUUUGAGUUUUUUCUAUAUUAUUUAUUAAUUUCUUAAAGGUUUUAUAAUUAGUUAAUACAUCACUAUUGUUGUAUUGAUAAAAAUGCCGCCAACGGACGCAGACGUUCUGCAAAGUGUUAAUAUGAAUAAGCCGAAACCCAAUCCGAAAAACGAUCCGACGAUGUUUCAAAUAUUUCAGAACGUUCAAUACAACAUUGUACAACACAAAAAGUAUGCUAAGGAGAUGACCAAACUCUACAAAAAGAUGGAUGAGCAACUCUUCAGAGAGAGUUUCAAGAAUGCUUUAAUGUACUUAUUUACUUUCGGAGACACCAGUCCUAAUGUGGACCGGGUUGUCAAGUUUGUGGCCACCUUCUGCACAACCCUGGAUGAUGAGGAGGAGUUCUUGUUGUUUAUCAUCAAUAUUAUUUUUGAUUGUCAAUGCGUGUCUGGCCAGUCAGUCCGGUACCGUGCCAGCCAGCUGCUGGAGGCCGUGCUGUCAGCACUCGGUGAAGAUGCCUCGCUGGAUGAGGACCUCUGCACCAAGUUACUCCAGUCACAGAUGCAAAGACUCCAAGACACCCGCGGCGCCGUGCGAUGCCGAGCGGCGCUCGCGUUACAACGGUUGCAGGAUCCGAUGGAUCCAGAUGAUGAGGUCACAAGGGCUUAUAAAUUCCACAUGAGCUGCGAUCCUAGCGCUUCAGUCAGAAGAGCAAUAGUAUCGCAAAUAGCGAAAUGUACGCGCAACGUGCCCUACGUGCUUGAGCGUCUGUGUGAUGUGGACGAGGCAGUGCGCCGCGCCGCCUUCAUGUACAUCGCCAAUGUCAACGUCACUCAGCUUAGAGUGCGGCAGAGAGUGCACACACUCAAGGUUGGUCUUUCUGAGCGAAGCACCCGCGUCCGCCGUGUGGUUGAAGAGAUCCUCAUCCCCGGUUGGCUGAGCACGUUCAAAGGCAACAUCAUCGAUCUACUGAAGGCUAUACGUUUGGAUAACGCUCAGGAUGCUAAGGAUUCUCAGUAUGUUGCUGGGAAACUGCUGGAAUCAUUGUUCAAGCGUCUACCCAUCUCCGAGCUCCUGUUGUGGCUGCCCACGGAGAAGACCCUCCGCCUAAUACCCGCGGAGAAGCUUAACAAAGAAACAGCGUGGUACUGGAGAUAUCUGGCCGAACAUCUGCAGAAAAUAGACGAUGAUGAAACUUUGGAGAUGGUGCUGCCUGACCUGGUCGUGCUCAUCGGAUAUAUUAGAGCUAUUGUGGAGUCCCCUUGCCCGUCGGAAGCAGACGACCCCGUGAGCUUCAGCACGCGCCAAUAUGUCCUACAUGAACUAGGAUCCAUGCUGCGCGUGUACGACACGGACCCGCCAGGCCGCGCUGCGCUACAGGACCUUAUAACCGACGUUCUCACCGGCGACUACGGACAUCUCAGUGCAGACGUCAUCCGUCCACUAGUAUCAGCCCUAGAACUUGUAUUCCCCGAGCUGUCCCCGCGUAUGGAAGUGGUCUGCGGAGUGAUCUCGGCGCUGCGCGACCCGCCCGAGCCUGAAGCCCCGCCCCCACCCCCGGCCCCGGCCCCGCUGCCCCUACCGGACACGCAGCAGAACAAGAUGAAGCGAGCGAGGUUGCGCGUGUCGCUAAACGUAGCAAUAGAGGCACAGGAAGACGCGGUUAGGGAGGAAAACUACGCGCUCGCUGCCGAGUGCAAAGCUAAGGUGGCAGAGAUUCAGAAGCAACUGGAGGAACUAGAGGUGCAGGCCGCGCCGCCACCGCCGGUUCCCGUUCCUACCAUAAAAGAGAAAGUAUCGGACGCCGCGACGCUGAUCAAGUGCCUCACCAUUCUGAACGCUGCCCUGGACACGCCACAGCUCAAAACUGUUACACCCAUGCUGCGAACCAUAUUCAACGAGUUGGAAGUAGAUAUCUUCCAAAACCCGGACAUCGUAGAGCCUGCCCUAGAAACAGUGGCCCUAUUUGGAAUGUUGGACAAGAAUUUUGCCAAAGACAACAAGGCAUUCUUAUUUGCUAAUCUAUUAAGAUCUACAAGCAUGCAGUCAAUAUGCUCCUCUGAUCUCAGUGCUGCGUCGCAUAGUGGAAACGUUCUGAUCGACACAUCAAACGAGAGUGUAGUGCUCACAGUACUACGCUGUAUAGUGGAUCUGUUGUGCGUUCACGGCGUGCGAGUGUUCGAAGACGAGGAAUCACAAGACGACUCCAAGAACGUGUCUAAGAGCAGGAGGAAGGCGUAUCUGGACGCUGUAGACGAGAACGGUUCCAUUUCGGAGUCCAUCCUAUCAAUGUCUCCAGCGCAUAGUACGGUUAUCGAGUUACUUUUGAAGAUCAUGGACAGUCCAUGUGCGACAUACAGGUUGAUAAUAGUAGAAGGCCUGUGUCGUCUAUUACACCUUGGGCAGAUUGAAUCUCCCUCUAUACUGAGCCGAUUAAUGCUGCUUUGGUUCAACCCUGCUACAGUGGAGGAGGAUUUGCUACGUCAGACGAUUGGAGUUUUCUUUCAAACUUUCCCAGCAAACGUUGAAGGGGCACAGGAGCAAAUACAGAAAGCGACACUACCUACGUUGCGAACUCUUGCAAAUGCUCCAUCCAGUUCGCCGCUAUCAGAGAUAGAUCAGGAAGCGGUCGUCAGGUUUAUUGCGUCACUCACAAGAAUCAACCAUGAGCUGGCUGACAGUCAAGGAUCCAUGGCGAUGUUGCUCUGCAGCUACUUGGUCCGGCAUCCGUCAUCCUCCGAAGUGGGCCUAGCAUGUCGUAUGCUAGCACUACUAUCGCCGCCUAGAGACGCGCAUCAGGCUUCUGUGCUGGCGAAUAUGCUGAAAGACCUCUGUCUCAAACUACCUGACAAACAAUCGACUCGCAACCUCACCCGUUACCUCGGGGCAAUAGAAGCCUCUGAACGUCUUACGAUGAACAAAAUGUGUAAUGCAGAAGGGACUAUGCAAGCGGAUGACACCACAUUUGCAAAUAUAGGAGGCCGUGUCACUACCUCUUUACCAACAACCCAACCUUUGGCCAGAAGCACCCACGUUGUCGUCAACGACACAGUCGAAGAAGAGGUAGAAAUAGACGAGACUUCUCCAACAGAAGUCAUAUCAAAAAUAACCGAAGAAAGUACGGAAACUACGGAACCCACUCCUGUGGCUGAAGACAACUCCCCCGAAUCCAUUCCCGACUCGCAGCCCACACUAGAGGCCGGGCCGGACAGCGACAGCAGCGGAGUCUCGCCAAUCAAGAAGGCCAAAGUUAACAAAGGCAAAAAGAAGAAACUAUCCAUCACUAGAAAAGGGUCGGAUACUACUAAAUCUAAAGGCAAAAAAACCAAGGAAGGGUCAGAAGACACAGAAAACGGAAAAGGCAAAGGCAUGAAGAGUAAGGAGAGUUCGGAAGAAACAGAAAAUGUAAAAGACAAAGGCAAGAAGAGUAAAGUGACUUCGGAAGAAACAGAAAACGUAAAAGGCAAAGGCAAGAAAACUAAGGAGACUACAGAAGAAUCUGCAAAGGGUGGCAUUAAGAGGAGCAGGUCUCAGAGAUCAGUAGCCGAUGUUGAUAGAGCACAAAAAGCCAAAGCAACCAAAUCGAAGAAAGCGCCUCCUAAAUCCCCCUCACCGCCGAAGUCCCCAACUCCGCCUCUCAAAGACAUCGACACCUCCAACAUCACCGUCCGCAAGUCCAGGGGCCUGCACUCCAGUUCCAGCACGGAUUCUGAUUCUAAUAGAGUUGCCAGUAGGAAGAGCAGUGAGAAUGUACCGGUCAAGGGGAGAGGGAAGGGCAAGAAGGCAGAGGUUAAGGGAAAAGCAAAGGGGAAGAAGGCAGUAACCAAAACCACCAGCAGACCUCAAACUCGAGCUUCCACGAGCUCUCGCAGCAGCACGGGCAGCUUCCCGCCCGACGACGACUCGGCUGAUGAGACUGAACUACACACUAUCGUCUACGACAAUGAACUUCAACAAUCUCUGCUGAACGAUAGCAGUGAACUGGCCGAUAGCAGACGCGAUUCCAGGGGAAACGUCACCAUCCCUGAGACGCCUGAAGGAAGCGAUAUGUCUGAUUCCGAACCAGAAGAAGUGAUAACAAAACCAAAAGGCAAACGGAAGUAGUAUCAAAACAAGUCAAAAUGUGUUAUUAACAAUUUAUUAAUUAUUUCUACAGUAAUUAACUAAUUACAGUACGAAUGGGCUAGAGAAAACGGGUAAUAGAAAUGAAGAAAUAACUGUAAGACCUUUUUUUCUAGCAUAUUCAGUAGUGUUCAUCAAUUUACGCUUAAUUGUAAGUUUGUACUAUAAUUAAAUGCCUUUACACAA